CUACGUUUCCCACCCGCCGUCUUCGCCGCCGCCCAUCUAGGGUUUCCGCCGGCGCCUCCGCGCGUGUUCCCCGCCGCCCGAUCUACUCGCGCCGGCGCCUCCGCGCGUGUUCCCCGCCGCCGUAUGUGCGUCCGCCCCUUCGCCAACCUGGACCGCCGGCACCGUACCCGUCUACGCCCCAAUGUCGUCGAGGACGCCCCAGGCGGGGUCCCGCGCCGCCGCUGGCGGCGGCGGAGGCCGGAGGAAGGCGGCGGCUAGUGGCGCGAAGCCGGCGCCGAGGCAGCACGUACGGAUGAUCCAGGAGCAGCUGGCGCGCGCGCACGAGGAGGAGCGACGCGCGGAGGAGAGGCGCCGGGAGGAGGAGGAGAGGCGCGCGGAGGAGGAGCGCAGGGCCAGGGAGGAGGCGGAAAGGCGCGUUGAGGAGGAGAGGAGGGUGCGGGAGGAGAAGCGGCGGAGGAGGCAGGAGGAGGUGAAGAAGCGCGGGGAGCGGGAGGAGAGGCGACGGAUGGAGGAUGCGGGGAGGCGUCUCGGUAUCGCGGUCCCUGAUGCUUCCAGCGGUGAUGGAGGCAGUGGUGCGCAGAGAAGGCCCGUGUAUGAGUCGAGGAAGCCUAAAUCGCAGCCUAAGCGUCAUGAGAAUGUCCAAUAUGAAGCCAAUUUGGGAGAAACUCAGGUAUUUGAGCAGCAAUUGGAAGAUUUGCAGAGCAAUGGGUCCCUGGAGGAUACUGAUGGUGUGAUGGUUGAUGCUCUGGAAUUGGGGGAGGAACAAAUUUCCCAGCCAUCAUCGGAAGAGAGCAAUGGAAUCGACGAUGAUGAUGCUUGGGAGAACAAGAGCUUUGAUGAAUUUGACCAAACAGAGGAGAAGCAUGUGGUGUCUGCUGCUCCAAUUGCUAACUCAGUGAGUUUAUCUGAAGUAAUUGGGGAAGAUGUGGUCUCUAUCCUUAAGGAUGAAGGUGCAGGCAAUGGGUUUGACAGGGAGCUUCGAGCACCGAUAUGUUGCAUCCUCGGUCAUGUGGAUGCUGGAAAGACAAAGCUCCUUGAUUGCAUCCGGCGAAGCAAUGUGCAGGGUGGGGAGGCUGGGGGCAUCACGCAGCAGAUUGGUGCGACCUACUUACCAGUUGAGAAUAUCAGGGAGAGGACCUUCCUGAAAGCUGAGGCCACCAUCAAAGUUCCUGGAUUGCUUGUAAUUGACACCCCUGGCCACCAGUCAUUCAGUAACAUGCGCUUGAGGGGAUCAAGUUUGUGUGACGUUGCUGUAGUGGUUGUCGAUAUUACGCGUGGGCUUGAGAAGCAGACCAUCGAGUCCCUUGAUCUUUUGAAACAACGCAAUGUGAGGUUUAUUGUUGCCCUGAACAAGGUUGAUCAGCUAUAUGGGUGGAAGACUUGUCCCAAUGCACCAAUAGCAAAAGCGCUCAAGAACCAAUCUGAAGAUGUCCAAAGGGAAUUCAAAUGGAGAUUAACUGAGGUUGUAACACAACUGAAGGGAAGUGGCUUCAACGCUUCCCUGUAUUAUGAGAACAGGAAGGUUAAAGAAGUAGUCAAUAUUGUCCCAACCAGCUCUGUAAGUGCUGAAGGCAUUCCAGACCUUCUUCUGCUGCUUGUGCGAUGGGUUCCAGAAAUAAUGAUGGAGAGACUGACAUACGUCGAUAAUGUGGAGUGUACUGUGCUGGAAGUCAAUGAAGAUAAAGACUUUGGAACUACUAUUGAUGUAGUGCUGAUUAAUGGUGUACUUCGGAAAGGUGAUCGAAUAGUUGUUUGCACCAAACAGGGGCUUGUCACAACCAACAUAAGAUAUUUGUUGACUCCUUAUCCCAUGAAAGAACUGAAAGCUAAGGGAGUAUAUAAGCACCACGAGGAGCUUAAAGCUGCCCAAGGGGCAAAAAUUGCAGUGCGAGGACUGCGACAUGCUAUUGCUGGCACUGCUCUCAUUGUGGUGAAGCAAGGGGAUGAUCUCGAACAAGCUGAAGUAGCUGCAGUGCAAGAAAUCAAUAAGGUCAACAACCUGAUCAAUGAGGAUGAAAGGGGUGAGAGUGAUGAUGGAAGAGCAAUACAAGCAAUAAGUAGGGUCAAAACAUGCACUGAGGGUGUCUAUGUGCAAGCAUCUAGUCUUGGAACUUUGGAAGCCAUUAUUGAGCAUUUGAAGACCCUUUCUUUGGACAUCCCUGUUAGUGGUUGCAACUUAGGCCCAGUCCACAAGCAGGAUGUCAUGAAAGCAACUGCUAUGCUGAAGAGGAAAGAAGAGUAUGCAGCCAUCUUGGCCUUUGAUGUCAAAGUGAUGCCUGAGGCUUUUGACCUUGCUGCUGAGUCUGGGGUGAAGAUUUUUAUGGCUGAUACCGUGUACAAGCUUGUUGGCAGAUUUACUGAUCACAUUAAGAAACUGAAGGAAGACAAGAAGAAGCAAUAUGCAGCUGAGGCAGUGUUCCCAUGCACCCUUAAGAUUCUGCCAAACCGUGUCUACCAUAAAAAGGAUCCAAUUGUUUGUGAUGUUGAAGUUCUGGAAGGCAUUGUCAAGGUGGGAACCCCAAUUUGUGUCUCUGUUCCAAGCAAGGACAGAGGUGCAGACGUGAUUCAUAGCCUUGGGAGGAUCAUCUCGAUGGAGACAUCCAAUGGCAUGCAGAUUGAUUCUACCAAGAGAGGAGUCGUGUCGAUAAAGAUUAUUGGGGAGAAUCCUCAGGAGAGGUCCCGAUUGUAUGGACGGCAUUUUAACACCGACAACGAACUGCUAAGCCAAAUCUCUAGGAAAUCUAUUGAUGUGCUGAAAGAGUACUACCGGGAUGAGAUGAGUGAUGAAAAUUGGCAGCUUAUCCGCAGGCUAAAGAAACAAUUCAGAAUACCCUGAAUGCUUGGAAGAUCCCUCUACCAACUUGGCAUCUUCUCCCGUAGCAAGCUUUGGAAGAAGAUUCCUCUAUUUCUUUUUAUGUUUUAUUAUAUUGGCAGCGGAGACUGGAAUAUUAUCAUAUUCCUUUUUUAUAUUCUGUGCAUGCUACAAUGAAUUGAUGCUUGAUAUGUUGAAAUUGCUAAAGUGUGUUGCAAUCUCGUUAGAAUGAACUUAGCAUUGGCAUUAAUUGCUUUCCUAUACCCUGCUGAAGCCAUGAGAACUGCAGGGCGAAAUGGGUAUUUCAGGUUGGGUACUCACGCGGGGUUCGUUAGAAUGGGUGGGAAUGGGGAUUAGAGGCUAGUGGGUUAGGGUGGGUCCUCACUUGGGGUUCGUUAGAAUCGGUGGGGUGGGUUCACUGAUGUCUCCACCUGACAUGGUUGGCGGAGAUUUAAGCUAUUUUGUAACAAGUAGUGUGCAGUGACAUGCAUUAGUUUCUGGCUGGAUCAGUGAAGGCAUUGCCACAGUCAAUUAUUUUUAUUAACUCAAUAAGAAUUUGUUGUUUGUUGUUUCAGUCUCUUUGUUUCUUUUUCCUACUUGAAUUGAAAUCUGCGAAGCAAUUUUCAUGAUGAUUCAGGGUAGUAACUUGUUCUUGGAAUUGAAAUCUGCAAAACAAUUUUUCAUGAUGAUUCAGGAUAGUAACUUGUGCUUAUGUUCCUGACUGGCUGCAGCUACUGUUCAUGACUGGUGCAUACAUUUCUGAUUGAUGUGGUUUUUGACUGCAGCUUUUGUUAUGAUGGAUUGAGCUUCUGUUCUUGACUGGUGUAUGAUCUAUGCCUCUUUAUUUUAUCUUCCGAGGAAACUGACCUGGAAGGGACCAUGCAUGGUUUAGAGACGGUGCCUUCCAAUCUCACUUAUCAUUGCAGAGAGUAUUUAUGAAUUGCAGGAUGUUGAUCUAGUUGUUCCUGAAGAUAUUGAGAACUUGAGGAAAAAUGUGCCUUUUGAUCAUGAUGUUUAUUUACUUACUCAGUGUACUGACAGUUGGACUGUAUAAAAUUGGUUGGUUCCUGAUGCUAA